CCUGAUCUUGCAAUACGUGAUUAUAGACUUGUAUACAAAUGUGAUAUAAUUGAGGAUUUGCUGUGAUAGUGUUUAUUGGCAACAUUAUUUGUUAUGUCGCCUGGACUACAUUUCACAGAUGUAACGUCACAUGUGCGUGCGCUCUGAAAGGUUAUAUCAUGCACUAUCAGAGCGUGAGAAAUAGUCGCCGGUAUUCACUUCACAGUUCUCACAUUGAAGCGAUUAGCUUUUUCCUGUGCCAAGCUAUUAGUUCAACAGAACAAAACGCCAUUGCCAAGAUGUCUUCAGAUGACUAUGACCAGUAUGAGUCUACAUUUAUGCGAAAGGCAAAGGAAAAUCCAUUUGUUCCAGUGGGAAUGGCUGGAUUCCUUGCUAUUGUGGGAUACAGACUUUUGAAGAUGAAAAAUCGUGGAGAAGUGAAGAUGUCAGUACACCUCAUCCACAUGCGUGUAGCAGCUCAAGGAUUUGUGGUGGGAGCUAUGACCAUUGGUGUCCUCUAUUCCAUGUACAAAGAUUACAUUGUAAAACCCAGAGAAGAACAGAAGGCUUUAACACACAAAUAAAUACAUUUUGUAUGUCCCUUAAUAUUACCUCAUAUUAAGGUGUUAAAGUAUGGUUAAUUUAUUACUUAUUUGCCAUAAUUUGUAUAUGGACAUAUUAUUUUAUUGAACACCCCACAUAAAUGAGCAAUGGACAGUUUUAACAUACUCUUUUGUGCUCGGGUUGGGGUAGAUUUGUUAGUUUUUUGCUUUUUUGGUCACUCUCUGGUUUACUUUUCUGAUUGUCAAUGUUAAAUGGUUUAAAAUUACUAAUUUAUUUCACAUUAUUAUCAGUGGCUGGCCUUAAGAGUAUGUGACAAUUUAGACACUCAAGAUGUGCACUCUACCUAUACACUACCUAAAAGCUACAUUUCAAACAGAUUUGAAUUUAAUUGUUACUAUUUUCAUGUAGUCUUUUCAUUAGUCUUGGUGUACGAGUGCUGAUUUUAAGAAAUGUACUUUUGUAAGUUCAAUGAAAUGUAGGAAUAAGUAGGCCUUGCAAGUGUUGCACAGAAAAAGUCGGUAAGGUAAUAACGUGAAGCUCAGAUUCUCACUGUGUGCUGGUGGAAUGCAAUAAAAGAAUUGGAAAUGUAAA